AUGAGUGAUAAAAUUACAUACGAUAUUGAGCCCCCUCACAGAGGAAAUACCAGUAGUGCUGCUCCUACUCAAGAUCCAAAUCUUGUAAUUGCAUACAGAACUCUGUCUCUUCAGGUUGCCGAGUCCUAUCACUCUGACAAUUAUUCUCCUAAAAAGUCUAAGGACGCUGAAGAUGAAGAAUAUUUCGAAAAGAUUGAUUUCCAAACCAAGGAAGCCAGUAUUCUAUGUCAGUCUUUUAACGUAGAUGAAUCAAGAGGUCUCGACAGUGAUUCUGCCGCCAAGAGAUUACAACGUGACGGUCCAAAUACUUUAACCCAAAAGAAGCCAAAUUAUUUCUGGAAAUUAUUCAACUAUGUUUUCGGAGGCUUUUGUUCCGUUCUGUGGGUCGGUGUAAUUAUUUUCUUUAUUUGUUGGAGACCCCCUCUUAGUAACCCUCCUUCUGCUACUAAUCUUGCUCUCGCUGUCCUUAUCCUUAUCGUUAUUCUUCUUCAGGCUUUGUUUUCUGCCCUUGAGGAUUGGUCUACCAGUAAGGUCAUGAACUCUAUUCUUGAUCUUUUGCCUGCUGAAUGUGUUGUUAUCCGUGAUGGAGAGCAUGUCAGUAAACCUGCCUCUGAGUUAGUGGUUGGUGAUAUCGUCAUUCUUUCUUCUGGUAACAAAGUCCCUGCUGAUAUGCGUAUCAUCGACGCUUCAGAUGAUUUGAAAUUUGACAGAGCUCUUCUCACUGGUGAGUCCGAAGAGAUUGCUGGUACCUCGGAGGUUGUUGACGACACUUUUCUGGAAGCCCACAACAUUGCUCUCAUGGGAACCCAUGUUACCAACGGUAAAGCCAAAUGUUUGGUUCUUCUUACUGGACACAGGACUGUUAUUGGCCGUAUUUCAACUCUUACCUCCAACAAAAAGGCUACUACUACUCUUAUCCAAAAAGAAAUCAAUCGUUUUGUCCUCAUCAUCAUCUGUCUCACUGUCACCUUAGUCGUUAUUAUUCUCAUUACCUGGGCUGCUUGGCUUCGUAAGGAUCACUUUGCCUUUAUCAAUGUUGCUGGUAUCUUGGUCAACUGUAUGGGAUGUGUUGUUGCUUUUAUCCCCGAGGGUAUGCCUGUUGCAGUCACUUUAACUUUGUCUCUUGUGGCACGUCGUAUGAAGGACAAGAAUAUCCUUCCCAAGUCGUUGUCAACCGUUGAAACUCUUGGUGUCAUCACUGUCUUGUGUUCAGAUAAAACUGGUACUCUUACUGAGAACAAAAUGUUUGUCCAGUCUGUCGGAUUUGCUGAUAGUGAUAUGACGGUCGACGAGGCACUUAGAGUUGAUAUUCGAUCAGAUAUUGCCAUGAAUAAAAUGCACCAAGCCUCUUUACUGUGUAACGAUGCUAGCUAUGACCAGACUACUUUGGGAUUACCUAUUUCUGAGCGAACUAUUAUCGGUAAUGCUACUGAUGGCGCAGCUCUUCGUUUCGCCUCUUCCUUGUCUGCUUCGACACAUGAAAACCUUGAGCAAGUGUUUUCAAUUCCUUUCAACUCUACCAACAAGUGGAUGAUGACGCUUUACAGAGAUAUUGAUCAGAAGUCUGACGAACUGACCAUCUUCUGCAAGGGUGCACCAGACGUGAUCCUCAAGUCCUGUACUAGUUACUACUCAGUGGCUGACCAGUGUGUCAAAGAGUUGGAUCCUGAGACGAGGCAGAACAUUGUUCAUUUGCAAGAAUCAUGGUCUUCCCAGGGUCAAAGAGUGAUUGCCGUUUGCACCAGACAAUAUUCUCCCGUUGGCUACCCCGCUUCCAAUGGCUUUGCUGAAGAGCUUGUUGCCAACUGUUUCAGCGAUUUGACAAUCAUUGGUUUACUAGGCAUUAUUGAUCCUCCUAGAUCGGAUAUUCCCCAUACUGUGUCAGAGUGUCGACGAGCUGGUUCUCGUUUCUUCAUGGUCACAGGUGAUUUCCGUCUUACUGCAGUUGCUAUUGCUAGACAAGUUGGUAUUAUUACCACCCAGCGUGAUCCCGAGACUUUUGCCGAUAUUGAAAACCGUGUUCAAGCUGCUGGUGAGGGUGCUACUUGGAGUAGAGAAGAGUUUAGAGUUAGCAGUUUGGUUUUGGAAGGACGUGAUUUGGAGGCUGCUACAGAAGAUCACUGGAAUAUUAUCUGUUGUUAUGAGGAGAUUGUGUUUUCCAGAACUACCCCUGAACAGAAGCUGAAGAUUGUCGAGUCUUUCAAGGCUAGAGACGAAGUUGUUGCAGUGUCCGGUGAUGGUGUUAAUGAUGCUCCCUCUUUGAAGGCUGCUAACGUUGGUAUCGCCGUUGUCAAUGGUAGUGAUGUGGCUCUUGAAGCUGCCGAUUUGAUUCUUAUGGGUAGUUUCUCGUCUAUUGUUGAUGGUAUUCGUCUCGGUAGACUUGUUUUCCAGAACUUACAAAAGGUUAUCAGUUAUUUGCUUCCUGCUGGUAGUUGGUCUGAGAUUUGGCCUGUGAUUGUAAAUGUUUUCUUCGGUGUUCCAUUACCUCUGAGUUCCUUCUUGAUGAUUAUUAUUUGUGUUUUUACCGACUUAUUCCAAUGUUUAUCGCUUGUUAUGGAGAAAGAGGAGUUUGAUCUUCUUUCUCUCCCUCCUCGUAACCACAAAAAGGACCAUUUAAUUAACUUUAAGAUCUACCUACAAUCGUAUCUCUUCAUUGGUAUUAUGGAAACAAUCAUUGCCCAUUCCAUGUUCUUCUUCUACAUGUGGAAAUACGCUCACAUUCCCAUGAGGGACCUCUUCUUUGCUUUUGAAAAGUAUUCUGAAGGAUUCCAUGGCUACACUCAAGCUGAACUAGUGGCAUUCAAUAACACUGGUCAAUGUGUUUACUUUGUUACCUUGGUCAUUCUCCAAUGGGGUAAUCUUCUGUCAGUUCGUAACCGUCGUCAGAGCAUUUUCCAAGCCGACCCUAUUCGCAAAGAGAGAAGAAAUCCAUUUUUGUUUGUGGGUGCUCUUUUGGGCUUGAUUACUGCCAUCUUCGUCACCGAGGUUCCUGGUCUGCAAAGUUUGUUCGGCACCACUCCAGUACCCAUUGAGUUCUGGCUUAUUCCUAUUCCCUUGGCUCUGUCUAUCUUGGCAGUUGACGAGAUCAGAAAGGCCCUUGUCAGAAGCUUCCCCAACAGCUUAAUUGCUAAAUAUGCAUGGUAA